GUGCUUCCAUCAUUUUGAUUUUCACGAGACAGGCAAACAAGAUCUUUAAAAAAAAAAAAGUCAAGUUAACGAGAGGAAAAUUAAAUUAAAUUAAAUACAAGUAUAAUUCGAGUUUGUCCCUGCAAAAUCGUAAACGCUUUGGUGAAUAUCAGAAAAUGGCGGCAACGUCAGAAGCUAUUAAUCAAUUUGAUGAUUCGAUGAAGAAACAAAUGGAAUCAUUUUUGCGGGCUUUUCUUUCAAUCAAAUCACUGAAAGAGGACAAGACUCCUUGCGAAAUUGACGAGGAUCUCUUUUUGGGUUCGUUUGGCUCUGCUGCGAACAAAGUAGCUUUGAAAAAUGUCAAUGUUACUCACAUUUUGACUGUGGCUGGGAAAUUGGUACCUGUACAUCCUGCAGAUUUCGUCUAUAAAAUUAUUGAUGUUGCUGACAGAGAGGAUACCAACAUAAAACAAUACUUCAAUGAGUGUUUUGAUUUUAUUGACGAAGCCAAAAGAAAUGGUGGGUCUGUUUUGGUUCAUUGUUUUGCUGGAAGAUCAAGGAGUGUGACCAUCAUUGUGGCAUAUCUGAUGAAGACUUGUGGAAUGAGCUUAUCUGAAGCUCUGCAACAUGUAAAGGACAGAAGACCACAGGCAGCUCCAAAUCGUGGUUUCAUUUGUCAGCUGGAAGACUUUGAGAAGUCUCUUCUAGGUGAAAACUGCACUAGUCUUAAAUAACAACAAAUAUCAACAUAUAAAAUACAUUUACAUCUUUCAUAUAUUUUAAAUUGAUUCACCUAUCUAGCCAUCAAAAUACAUUUAUGAUUUUCAUUUAACACAUGAUACAAGCUUUUAUAAAAUAAAAGUAAGUAAACUUUGCUUAAAAGCUUUUAUAGUGCUUGUUUAAACAAAGAAAAGUUAACUUGUACCCAAUAUAAUAAUCUAGCAGAGUGUGCAUGGUAAAGGAAGUCACUUGAAACUCUAACGACGAUCGAUGACACUCAUCGGAAGUAUAACUUAUAAGUUAAUGGCCCUCCUAGUCUUUAUGACCGAGACAAGACAAUGACUCUAUCAAUGUCAUUUUGAUAAAAAAAAUAAGGGAAGUGUCCCUCAAAACUCAAUUCGUCAAACGACACCAAUAAGAUCACUGUCUCUGCUGUAAAGACGAAGAGAACCAUUAACUUAUACUUCUGAAGAGUUGUCAAUCGUCGUUAGAAUUUCAAAUGACUUUUAAACAAUGGUUCACGGUAGUCCACCUAUCAAGGUGGUCGGUCUACUUUAGAAUUUUCCCUAAACAUUAUUGUUACAAUUGUCAAACAUUUUUUCCAUAAAAUGAUUCAAUCACAUGAUAGUUCGAUUAAUGUUCAUGCUUCAUAAUACCUCUCUAUGUAUUCACUACAAUCUUUACCAGAAAAAUCAGCAUCAAUAUGCUCAUUUUGAUGUGAAACUGUGAUUUCAGAAUUUUUUUCCUUUUAUUUUGUUUGAAUCUCUAAAUAGUAAUGAUCUACAUUAUGAAAAUGAAAUAUUAAUGCAGUGCUGUAAAAAAUUGGAGCUUCAAAAAUCUAUUUCCAACUUUAAAACUA